CAUGGGGCCAUAGUAGGUGCGUUAUAGGCAUCUCGUACUAUUUUUACUAUUUGUCUAAGUAAAAAAUGAUGAUACUACGAUAUAAUACUUUUCUUUUGAUCUUAGUGGUGUUUAUUAAAGCAAAUUAUGCUCAAGUUUCUGACGAGGAAUAUGGGUCGAUGCCAGAUUUGUUCCAUCAAGACAAUUUUGACAAAUGCAUGCUGCUAAAAGAUCAAGCUUUCUAUUGCUCAUUUACGUAUCAAUUAGAACCCCUAGAUCGAUCAAAUCCUCCAGAAGUAUGGGGUAUUAUACAGAAAGUUAUCAACGCAUCUACAAACUACAGACAUGACAAAUUAAGGCAUAGUAUAUGCGUGCCUCAUACAUGUCCUAACGUGUCCAAAGCAUCAGAUGAUGAUCCAAAGUUAUGGAAAGGUAUCCAGGAUUGUUACAAUAGCAAAUUUUCAGAAGGCGGAUUCAAGGGAAAAGUGAUUGAUAUGAGCUGCGAUACACAGUAUUCAAAAUAUCCAAUUGACUGGUUAGAUAUAAUAUGUGGGGUAGUUUUUGUGGGUUAUGUAGUAUUUGUAUUCUAUGCUACAUAUUAUGAGGGUGUGGCCCGGUACGAAUCCAAGGAAGUAUACAACCAACUGAUGGAAACUCCUAAAGGAAAAUUAUUGUCUGCUUUUUCCAUCACUAAAAACUGGAUAAGACUGAAAACAGUAAAUAGUACUAAAGAAGUGGAAAAAUUACGAUGUAUACAAGGGAUGAGGUUAUAUAAUACAUGCCUGGUGGUUAUGUCUCAUACCGCACUUAGUCUUAUCGGUCCACCAGUAGCUAAUACAAAAUACCCCGAAUCAAUGCAUCAGAACCCAGGUAGACUGAUAUUUUCCAGUGGACCUAUAUGUGUUGGUACCUUUUUCCUAUUUUCGACUUUCUUGCUAUCUAAUGGACUAUUUGAUUACCUGAAAGACAAGAAGGAAAUGAACAUGAAGAUGAUUGUUUUUGCUAUAUUCAACAGAUUUUUUAGGUUAACGCCAACAGUACUAGUGGUGGUACUGUUCCACGCAACGUGGUUACGUCAUUUGAGUAGCGGUCCUAAAUGGAACGAGUUCGUUGGCUACGAGUUUCUAAAAUGUCGUGCCAAUGGCUGGACAAAUAUUUUGUAUAUUAACAAUUGGUAUGAUACGUAUGUCAUGUGUGUUCCAGUUACAUGGUACCUGGCGCUGGACACCCAGUACUUCGUCAUGGCACUGUUUUUGAUCAAGUUCCUGAAAGCAAACGAAAAACACUUCUCACUUAUUAUAGGAACCAUCUUGGGCCUGACAAUGAUUGCUAGUUUCUGUCAAAAUUAUUACUACGAUUUUUCGGCGUUGAUACUUCCCGUACCCGAGUUUUUCUAUGGCAUAAAGGAUUUACUGGGAAGCUUUCAAUUUCACUACCAGGUCGGUAGUUUUAUUGGCAAUAUAUCUCCAGCAACAAUAGGCAUUGCUUUUGGUUAUUAUUUCUACAAACAUAAGUACGAUGAACCUGAUCAAUAUAUAUUUCGAACAAAGUUUAGGCAAGGAAUAUGGUGGAUAAUGACUUUUAUAACAGCUUUCCUUUACUUGAUUAUCACCGGAUCUAUAAUAUUAAAUGUGGAGACUGAACACAAUGCCUUCUGGGCAUCCGUCUAUGUAGCUGUUUCUCGUCCACUGUUUGCUUUCAUCAUUGGACUGGGCGUUAUUGGGUUUACGGAAGGAAUCGGCUGGAUAGCUUUAAGAGUAGUACAGUGGUCUCCUACUUAUGUUUUGGGACGACUGACAUUCAGUGUCUAUUUAAUACACAUGUCAGUAAAUUUGGUGAAACCUGGCAUGGCCAGAUUUCCAACGUAUGCUAGCGAUUCUGUUUUGUUUAUUACUUUCCUUGGAGAUAUAGCGUUAAUAUACAUAUUGGCUACGAUCCUGGCACUUCUAGUGGAACUUCCAGUAUCCCAACUACAGAAACAAGUUUUUUCAUUUGAAAAAGUGAAAAAGACAACCACCGAUAAAGAGGAGUAAAUAGUGAUAUCUUUUUACCACAAUAAAUAUAUUUAAUUUGAUA